AUGUCAGACCUGGAGAGCAGCAUGAUCACUAUUAUCCAAACUUUCCACCAAUACUCGGGUCAGAAGUGCAAUUUGAAGAAAGCAGACCUUAAAGAACUUAUCAACAAUGAGAUGAAUAAUUUCAUACAGAAAAUCAAGGAGAAUGACACUCUGGAUAAACUCUUCGCUGACCUCGACCAGAACGGAGAUUUGGAGAUCGACUUCAAAGAGUUCAUUGCCCUCAUCGCCAUGGUCACCUCUGCUUGCAAUGAACUGUUUAUUCCAAAGCACCAGAAAUAG